UUAUCCCCUUUCAAAUUCCUCUCUAACUCACGGCACCUUUCAAAACCCUACAAUUCUAACAGAUAAUAUCCCGCGCUUCACACUUCAAAUUUGGGGAUCUUCAUUUUGAUUUCGUCAUUACACUCUUCUCCUUCCCCAAAUUCAUCUAUCUAGUUAGCAUAUCCACAUAAAUUUCAUUACUUGCUACCGAUCAAAAACUAAAAACUUCUCGUUUUACUGAAGUAAAAGUUUUAUGGAUCAUUUCUAAAGAGAUUGAGUUAUUUCGAUUGCUAGUUGUAAGACAUAUUGCAUGAAUGAGAUGGUGGAUAUGAAUAACACUGAUGGACAACAAGAGGAAAUAGAUGAUGCCUCAAGUGAUUCUGGGUCAGGGGAUUCAUUCAUUGAUGAUUCAGAAGAUGGGGAGCCAUCGGUAUCUGGACAUGAUGAUGGAUCAAGCCCUGAGGCACCCCUGACAGAUGCUGAAGUAGAAGAGCUAAUUGCCGAGCUUUUGGAAGUUGAGAGUAAGGCGGCAGAGGCUCAAGAAUCACUGGAAAAGGAGUCUCUUGCGCAAGUCGAGCAUGAAGUGAGAGCUGAGUUGGCAGUGGAUCUAAACCAAGAUGAGUUGGAGGCUGCAGUUGCAAAUGAAAUGAGAACUUACAAAGAAGAAUGGGAGACUGUGCUAGAUGAAUUAGAGACUGAGAGUGCCCAGCUGCUGGAACAACUUGAUGGAUGUGGUAUUGAUUUACCAAGUCUCUACAAGUCGAUCGAAAAGCAGGCUCCCGAUUGUUGCUCGACAGAAGCUUGGAAGAAAAGGACACACUGGGCAGGUUCUCAAGUAACUAGUGAAGUAAGCGAAUCCAUUGCACACGCUGAAAAGUAUCUACAUACUAAGCGACCUGUCAUUAGGAAAAAUGGUAAAAUGUAUGAGGAGGGUGCUAGUGGUUUUCUUGAAAAGAAACUCACCGAUGAAAAUGGUGUAGAUAAUGAGUCCGAAGAUACAAAAAAAAUUUGGGAAUCUUUUGAAAACUUUGUCGCAACUGAUAAUUUAUCAGAGGCUGAUACAUCAUUUGGUAGCAAGCCUUGGGCUUCUGUUUACUUGGCUAGUACUCCGCAGGAAGCUGCCAGCUUAGGGCUGAAGUUGCCUGGAGUUGACGAGGUGGAGGAGAUAAGUGACGUUAACGCAAAUGAAGUUGCUAAGGAGGAGAUAGCCCUUUCCGAAGAGCAAAAGAAAAACUUCAGGAAGGUGAAGGAAGAAGAUGAUGCAAAUGUAGAACUGAAGCUUCAGCUUCAUUUAAAACGAAGAAGACAAAGAUUUAGAUGCAAACAGGAGGCUACGAAACAGGAGGAUGACACCUCUGACCUGAUCACGGAGGACAAGUGUAAUGACUCCAUCCCUUCAAUCGAUUGUUCUCAAGGUCUUGAUGGUGAAGGUGUAUUGGAUACUGUCAAUGGUGAGACGUCUCAUUCAUUGAAGGUUGACGUGCUUGGGAAGGGUGAAACUGUUGGCAAGUUUAAUGAGGAAAAGCUAUUUGCUAAUGGUGCUCCCUUGGGGAUUCUGAAUUCUGAACAAAGAGGGGAGAAGCGUUCACAUGAAAGUGAGGAUGCCGAUGAUGACUCCAAAAGAAGUCGGACAGUGAUCAUAGAUAGUGAUGAUGAAGAGCAUGCUAGGGAUGAUAAAUAUGUUUCCUCAUUACAAGUUAAAGAAGAAAUCGAUGUGGUAAAUGUUGUUAAUCUUCCUUUCCUGAGUUCGAAUGGAACUUUUCAUUGCACAGCAUGUGCCAAAGUAGUUGUAGCCUGUGAAGUGCGUGAACACCCACUUCUGAAGGUCAUUGUUUGUGAAAGUUGCAGAUGUAUAGUGGAAGAGAGGAUGCUCGAAAAGGACCCUGAUUGCUGUGAAUGUUAUUGUGGUUGGUGUGGAAGGUCCAAUGAGUUAAUAAGUUGUAAAUCAUGUAAAUUGUUAUUUUGUACGACAUGUAUCAAGGGGAACCUUGGUGAAAGUUUUUCAUUAAAAAUACAAGCCUCUGUUUGGCAGUGCUGUUGUUGUGCUCCAUCUCUGCUGCAGCAGCUAACUGUAGAAUGUGAGAAGGCCCUUCUCGUUGAAGGUUUUUCAGGCACCAGCUCUGAUAGUGAUUCAGGACAAUCAGAAAAUGAUACCACCAAGGGGUUGAAAAGAGCUAAGAGGAGGCCGAAAAAGAGGAUUAGGAGAAUCCUUGAUGAUGCUGAACUGGGGGAAGAGACCAAGAGAAAGAUUGCUAUUGAAAAGGCACGACAAGAACACCUGAAGUCUCUGCAAGCUAAAUCAUGGAUAAAGAAAACUGAAAGUUGUCUCGGAACUGCAGUGGAAGGUACUACUGUUGACGUGCUGGGUGAUGCGAUAAAAGGUUAUAUCGUAAAUGUGGUGAGGGAAAAAGACGAGGAAGCUGUAAGGAUUCCUCUGAGUAUCUCAUCGAAUUUAAAGCCCCAUCAGGUAUCAGGUAUACGAUUCAUGUGGGAAAAUAUCAUACAAUCUAUCAAAAAGGUGAAAUCCGGGGACAAAGGUCUUGGUUGCAUACUAGCUCAUACUAUGGGCCUUGGUAAAACUUUUCAGGUGAUAGCUUUUCUAUACACUGCUAUGAGACAAGUAGAUCUCGGACUUAAAACUGCCCUUAUUGUCACUCCUGUGAAUGUGCUACACAAUUGGAAAUAUGAGUUUACGAAGUGGAAACCUGAGGAACUAAAGGCUCUUCGUGUUUAUAUGCUAGAGGAAGUUCCAAGGGAGAGAAGGAUAGAUUUACUUACAAAGUGGAGAAAUAAGGGAGGUAUCUUUUUGAUUGGUUAUGCUGCUUUUCGUAACUUGUCUCUGGGAAAGAAUAUAAAGGACAGGAAUCUGGCUAGGGAAUACUGCAAUGCCCUACAGAAUGGACCUGAUAUAUUAGUAUGUGAUGAGGCCCAUAUGAUCAAGAACAGAAAUGCUGAUAUAACAGUAGCAUUGAAACAAGUGAAGUGCCAGAGAAGAAUUGCUCUAACAGGAUCACCUCUGCAGAACAACUUAAUGGAAUACUAUUGUAUGGUUGAUUUUGUAAGAGAAGGAUUCCUUGGCAACAGCCAAGAGUUCAGAAACCGGUUUCAGAAUCCUAUUGAAAAUGGUCAACAUACUAACUCCACAGCUGAUGAUGUAAAAGUUAUGAACCAACGGUCACAUAUCCUCUAUGAACAACUUAAAGGUUACGUUCAAAGAAUGGACAUGAAUGUGGUUAAGAAAGAUUUGCCUCCUAAAACAGUAUACGUAAUAGCAGUAAAGCUUUCACAAUUGCAAAGGAUAUUAUACAAAAAAUUUCUUGAUGAGCAUGGCUUCACAAAUGACAAAAUCUCUGGUGAAAAGUCUCGGAGCUUUUUUGCGGGAUAUCAAGCAUUAGCUCAGGUAUGGAACCAUCCUGGGCUAUUGCGAAUGUCCGAACAAAAAAAUAGUGCUAGACGUGAAGUGAAUGUGGAAAAUUUUGUUGUGGAUGGCAGCUCUAGUGAUGAUAACAUAGAGGAUGAUGUAUCAACUGGAGAGAAGCAGAAGAUAAAGAAUGAUCUCAAAAAGAGUGGGAGUGGCUAUAUCAACGAGGGUUGGUGGACGAAUCUUCUUACUGAAAAGAACUUUAAAGAGGUCGAUUAUAGUGGUAAAAUGGUUUUGCUACUUGAUUUGUUGUCUAUGAGUUCUGAAGAGGGUGACAAGGCUUUAGUUUUCAGCCAGAGCCUAACAACCCUAGAUCUCAUUGAGUUUUAUCUUUCUAAGUUACCAAGAAAAGAAAGAAAAGGAAAAUUUUGGAAACAAGGAAAAGACUGGUACAGGUUGGAUGGAAGUACACCAGCUUCUGAAAGACAAAAAUUGGUAGAGAAGUUUAAUGAGUCUACAAAUAGUAGGGUAAAAUGCACCUUGAUCUCAACACGAGCUGGAUCGUUGGGAAUAAACCUUCAUUCUGCUAAUCGAGUUAUUAUUGUUGAUGGUUCUUGGAAUCCAACUUAUGAUCUUCAGGCUAUAUUUCGGGCUUGGAGGUAUGGCCAGAGGAAGGCAGUGUACGCUUAUCGAUUGAUGGCUCAUGGAACCAUGGAAGAAAAGAUAUAUAAACGUCAGGUCACGAAGGAGGGGCUUGCUGCAAGAGUGGUGGAUAAACAACAAGUACAUAGAACUAUGUCUAGAGAGGAGAUGUUACAUCUCUUUGAUUUUGGCGACGAAGAAAGUUCAGAUGCAGUUUUGGGAGAGAGUCAAAUUCCGAGGAAUUUGUUUUUGACAAGUCAGCCUGCUGGUUCACUAAAGCAGAAGAUUUCUAAUGGAUGCUCUUCUUCUGACAAGUUAAUGGAGAGUUUAGUUAGCAGACAUUAUCCGCGGUGGAUAGCCAAUUACCAUGAACAUGAGACACUUUUGCAAGAAAAUGAAGAAGAGAAACUAUCCAAAGAAGAGCAAGACUUGGCUUGGGAGACGUAUCGCAGAACUAUAGAAGGGGAAGAGGUUCAGAGAAUUCCAAUUGAUGAUUCAACAGUUGAGCGCAAGCCUCCUGUUGCUCCUCCACUUGUGGCCCUGGCUGCACAAGUGAAUCAAAUCAACUCUGGACUAUCCAGGGUAAGUUCGAGGAAUCAUGUGAAUACACGUAGAUGUACAAUUCUUUCACACAAGCUUACACUAAGAAGUCAGGGAACGAAAGAUGAUUGUGCUACGGUUUGUGGGGAAUGUGGCCAAGAGAUUAGCUGGGGGGACCUCAACCGAGACCCAAAGUGAGUUGCAUGAUUGAAGACGAUACCCCAACAUUCAAGCACCCAAUGUUCAUAAAGUUGUAUUUAACGAUACUUAGAAAGGUAUUGUAAAUUCCAUACCCUUUUAACCAUUGAAAAAGAGUAGAAAAUAUAAUCCCAUUUUCUUAUAGCAAAUGUAGCCUCUUGAGUAAUUUUUUUUUUGGCAGAAUGAAAUUUGUGAUCAAUGUGAGUUCCUGUCCUGAGUUCUCACGAGGCUGUAUUGUGGUUUCCAAUUUGCAUUAAGCUCUUUUUGUUAAUCUGAUUGGAGCUGUUGUUCUUGAAUAUUUUCUGGAAUUGCAACUAAGGUUUUAUUUUGAAGAUGGCAAUAUAUGGUUCUGCUACUUAUCCU